GACUCGGGGCUUGCUAGCUCUUGUUAGUAGGUCACAGUCGCAGCUGCUCCUUCUGCUUCUAACAGAAACUCACAAAUGGGCACAGGCUAGUUAGCGAGGCAGGUGGGUGCCCUAUUAGCUAUAAUGCAGGCCAGAAGCUUGUUGUAAAAUCUUGAAAGGUAAUGUUAUCAUGGUGGCGACACAAACUCGCUAAAUAAAGUAGCAGGUCCCCCCCUUUUUUCCCCAUUUAUUAGCUAAGUGUAGCUAACGCGGAAGGCGUCUUCCUCUAGUGUAAAGCAAUGGUGACGGAUUUAAUGCUCUGCACCUUUUAGAAGGCAUUUCCUCCACUUUAAAGGAUGUCUAAACGCCUGCGAAAUACUGAAGUGUGCGCAGAUUGCUGUGUUUCAGAGCCUCGCUGGGCCUCUGUGAACAGAGGGGUGUUGAUUUGUGACGAGUGCUGCAGUGUUCACCGAGGUCUCGGAAGGCACAGCUCCCAAGUCCGUCACCUGACCCAUUCUCCAUGGCCCCCAACGCAGCUCCAGAUGGUGCAAACGUUAUACAGCAAUGGUGCAAAUUCAAUAUGGGAGCACUCCCUUCUGGACCCUGCAUCUGUGAUGAGUGGAAAACGUAAAGCUAAUCCUCAGGACAAGCUUCACCCAAACAAAUCGGAGUUUAUUAGAGCCAAAUAUCAAAUGCUGGCGUUUGUCCAUCGUAUGCCGUGCCGUGAAGAUGACAGCUCUACAGCAAAGGAUUUAAGCAAGCAACUUCACUCAAGUGUGCGCACAGGAAAUCUAGAGACUUGUCUGAGGUUGCUGUCUCUGGGAGCACAAGCAAAUUUUUUUCAUCCAGAAAAGGGAAACACUCCUUUGCACGUAGCUGCGAAGGCAGGCCAAGCAUCUCAGGCAGAAUUGCUAGCUGUUUAUGGGGCCGACCCUGGAGCUUUAGACAGCUAUGGCAAAACCCCCAUUGACUAUGCAAUAGACCUUGGUCACUUUGAGUUGGCAGACAGACUGGUGGAGAUUCAGUAUGAACUUACUGAUCGACUGGCAUUUUAUUUAUGUGGCAGAAAACCAGAUCAUAAAAACGGCGAGCACUUCAUUGUUCCCCAGAUGGCAGACAGCUCUCCAGAUUUAACAGAACUUGCAAAAGCAGCAAAGAGAAAACUGCAGUCGCUCAGUAAUCAUUUAUUUGAGGAGCUGGCCAUGGACGUGUAUGACGAAGUAGACAGACGAGAGACGGAUGCAGUCUGGUUGGCCACACAGCAUCACAGCACCUUGGUGACUGAGACAACUUUGGUCCCCUUCCUUCCUGUAAACCCUGAGUAUUCAUCAACAAGAAACCAGGGUCGACAGAAGCUGGCAAGGUUCAACGCACAUGAAUUUGCUACUUUAGUCAUUGACAUAUUGAGUGAUGCCAAACGCAGACAACAAGGGAAUUCAGUUUGCAGCCCGAAAGACAAUGUUGAACUUUUAUUGAAGGGUGUGGCUGUCAGACACAGCAGUGAUUAUGACAGUGUAGCUUCAGAUGAAGAUACAGAUCAAGAGCUCCCUUCAAGCAAAGGAGACAGGACAAAGAGCCUGGACUCUGACCUCUCUGACGGCCCUAUAACUAUGCAUGAAUACAUGGAGGUGAAAAACGCACUUACUGCCUCUGAAGCUAAGAUCCAGCAACUCUUGAAAGCCAACGACAAUCUGAACGACGAGCUGAGGCUGAUGCAGAAAAAGCUGCAAUCUCUGCAAAGCGAGAACACCUCUCUGAGGCGGCAGUUCACAACAAAUGUCUAUCAGACCCCCAGCAGUACAGACUACCCUGACCCGUCCAGCCCCUCAGCCCUGAAACGCCGGCAGUCUGUGCGGGUCAGUCGGCCCAUGUCAAUGUACGAGACCGGCUCAGGCCUGAAGCCCUAUCUUUCCAAAGGGGAAACUCCUUACCCAGAGGAGGGUCUCCCCUCCCUGCAACCCUUUCCAUCCCAUACAGAAAGGGGUGCAUUUGUGACCUCAUCAUCCCUUCCCUCAUUUCCAUCCACCCUGUCUUGGUCCAAGGACGACACUUCCCAACAGACCUCAAAGUUGGAAAAGCAAAGCAGCGUACCAGAAAGUGACUAUGACAACACAUUCAAUGACUCUGAGAUGGAGGAUUCUGGUUUUUGCAGGAGGGGGAGGCUGAGAAGCAGUGGCUGGCUGGGAGAAGGCAGCUCUAUCCCUGAGCUGGAUGACAUGGAGUCGGACCCUACGCUUCCGAGCACGGAGGACGUCAUCCGCAAAACAGAGCAGAUCACCAAGAAUAUUCAGGAGCUCCUGCGAGCUGCUCAGGAUAAUAAACAUGACAGACCAUGUGAGCGUGAAGGAGUCCGCCGACUCCGUCACAGCCUGGGAUGUUUCAGCACUCUGGUGCCAUGGGCCGAGAAGGCCCCCUCUCCCCUACAGUCUCUCAGCCUGCGGUCCCCUGACCCCACCUCCUGUUUUCUCCCCUGCUCAGAAAGAAUCCAUACGGCUGUAACAGAAAUGGCUGCCCUCUUCCCCAAGAAGCCGCGAUCAGAGACGAUGAGAGGCUCCCUGCGCCUGUUGACCACCAGCGCCUCCCGCCUUCAGAACGAGUGCCGGAAAGCCGUGCCUUCGGACGGGUGCUCGGGGCCAGACAUGCAGCUUGUAACCCAGCAGGUCAUCCAGUGUGCUUAUGAUAUUGCCAAAGCCGCCAAACAGCUUGUCACCAUCACAACAAAGGAGAACACUAACUAGACAGCAGUUAACAUGCUCCAAAGCCACCAUCUCAGUAUUGUUACAUUUUCUGUGUUUUUUUUUUUUUAUAUUAUUGUAAAUGUAUUGUGGUAUAUGCAUGUCUGUUUUUGUAUUUAAAAUGAAUACUGACUAUAUCUUGGGAGUUUUGGAGGGAGAGUGAAAAAAAUACGUUAAUAUAUCUACGGUAGUUAUUGUAGUAGCACAAUUUUCUCUUUAGGGUAACAUUUUCCAGCAAGCACAUCUGUAUUACUCUAUAACUGAGUGAUUCUAAAAAUAUUUUUAAGCAGCUUAAAGUAGCUAAUAAAAGGCAUGAAGCUCAUUGGACUCCAUGCUGUAACAGGCAGUAAUGAGUGUCCAAAACCUUAAGGUGUUCAUAUUCAGCGUUUCUACACAUUACACAUUACUACAAUUUUAUUUUUCCCAUGCUAAACAUUUUGUUUUUCAUAUUUGUCUUUUCUGCAUGUUUUGAUUUUUUUUAAUGCAAAUGUCCAGCAUAAAUUUUGAAGCAUGUGUAAUUAUAUGGUUUAGACACAGUAAAAAUAAACCUGGUAAAGCUAAUUAUAAAUUAAAAUAUUAUAUGAAAGAACUUUAUGCUCACAAACAACACCUACAGUAAUGUCAUACUGAUGGCUCGCCUGAAUGUGCUGCUGCUUUGUAUGUGAAAUUAAAAAUGCACCAUUCUCUCA